AGCGACAUCCUGACAUCCGUUAUCCGCCGGCACCGUUGCUGCUCAGUCAACUCGAAUUGAUCCCAAAGAUAAACUAGUCGCUGGGGGACGGUGGAUCACAGUGUGGGAUGGUGAUAUAUAUCGGAAAGUGAUUGUAAUGCAUGAUGGCGUGGUAGAGACUACUUCUAAAAAAAGUGUGAGAAAACGCCAUAGCCCAGCAAAGGGGGACAGAAAGAAAAGACUGCGAGAACGAACGAAGAAAAAGAGCAGAGAGGAGCUUCAUAUAGAGAAAGAAGCGGACGAAGAAUUAUUGAAUGAAGAAGAGAUUAAAUUUGUAGAAAUGUCGUCACCCGAAGAUACCUCACAAAACGAAGAAAAAAAAGAUGUGGAUCAAGUGUUGGACGAAGUGCGGACCGCAUGUCCGUUUUGCUUGAAGCACUUCGAACAUGAGAAGCAUCUGAAGAGACAUAUUGUAGCGAGCCAUCAGAAAAGGGCGUAUAAAUGUGAUAAAUGCCGUGCGUCUUGCCAUACCAAGCAAAACUUGGAAAAGCAUCGUAAGAGCCAUAGCGAUGAUUACUUCUUCGAGUGCGAUAUAUGUCACUUGAAGUAUAAACGUAAGAUAACGUUGAAGCAGCAUCAUGUGCGAGCGCAUAGUGACGCUGCUGCUCAAUUUAUUUGCGACUCCUGCGGUCAGUCCUUCAAGGUGAAAGUGGAUCUUCUUGUGCACAUCAAGAGGAAGCACAACACCGACGUUCAUAUAUGUCGUUACUGCGGAAAAUCCGUGACGGAUCUCCACAGCCACGAGUGGAAGCAUAAGAAGCGAGCCGAAAUGGCCAACUUAAAAUUCUCGUGCCAUCUGUGUAUCAAGAAAUUCCAGAAUCAGACUCGUCUCGACAAUCAUUUGUUGUUGCACAAACAGGGUUACAAAUGUACUGAGUGUAAUGUUGUUGUCACGUCGUCGAGACAGUUGGAGUAUCAUAAGAACCGGGUACACAAACCGGGUACAACUUGUCCGAUUUGCAAGAAAGUAUUCGUGUCGAGGGGCAACAAGUUCUAUCAGCAUGUUCUUACCCAUGCCGGUAUCAGGCCGUAUAACUGCGAUAUUUGCGGCGAAGACUUUACUCAACGAUCCAGUCUUUUUCGACAUCGAAAAAAUCAUCCCGGUCCUCUUCCGCCCUACACAUCACAGAUUCCCAUCGCUGGUUUAGCUAAAAAUGUUUUGCAGAAACUUUUAAAAUUAUAAUGAUGCUUUUAAAGUUAUAAUGAAUUAUAAUGAAUGAAUGAUGAUCUUUAGAAGAUGCAUUAAUACAUUGUUACCUGUACGAAAGGUAUCCGUGAUUUGCAAAUUUAUAACAAUUUUCAAAAAUACAUUUCUCAAAAAUACGUUUACUGAUAUUUUGCAAGAAUAUAAAA